CCGAAGUACAAUUCUUAUAAAAGCCUGAAAGCACCCAGCCCUGCAUCUACUUCUCAUUUGACAUUCGAAAGCGUUAAAUAAACAUUUAAAGCUGCAAAUAUGAUGAUUUCUAGGAUUCGACACGAAUCUGGAUAUUCUACAGAUGGCUCUGAUAGUGGAAGUGAUUUCUUUCUGCCAGAUAGCCUGGAGGAAAAACUCCAAACCACAGAGCCAGACUUUGGAAUCCUGUUUGACGUUGACGGUGUGUUAGCACGAGGAACAAACCCCCUGGACCCCGCCGUGAAGGCCCUAAAACUCUUACAGGAUGAGGAGGGAAACCUUAAAGUCCCUGUGGCCUUCGUCACCAACGCCUGUAACAGGAGCGAGGACAAAGCCAGACAAAUCAGCAAAUGGUUCAACAUGCAGGUCUCACCAGAUAUGGUUAUCCACGCCCCAACCCCCGCCAAACUUCUGACAGAGUUUCACGACAAACACGUGCUGGUGAUUGGUCAAGAACAUCGCAGAGAUAUUGCUCUAGAUAUCGGUUUUAAGAAGGUUUGUACAAUUGAAGAUAUACAGAAGGCUUACCCAUUUCUGGAUAUGGUGGACCAUGACAACAGGAAACGUGUGGCAAACGGAAGCUACAGGGACGAUUUGUCUUUCCCACCUGUGGAGGCCAUUUUGAUGAUUGGCGAGCCUAAGCUGUGGGAAUCUAACCUCCAGUUACUGAUAGACCUACUCCUGACAGAGGGAAAACCCACCAAGGCGCCGUCCUCCAUAAUGGGUGUAAGACAGCUCCCAAUCAUCGCCUGCAACAUGGAUCUGGUGUUCAUGGACCGUGCUUGUAUGCCACGAUUUGGUCACGGAUCAUUUCUUCUCUGUCUAGAAAGUCUAUAUAAGAAAAUCACGGGGCGAGAAUUGGAUUACACAGCCUUAAUAGGAAAACCAUGUGAAAUCACAUACAGAUAUGCUGAGCACUGUAUUGCGGACGUCGCCCAGAAACUGGGAAUCCAGAAUCCAAUAAAAAAGCUGUACUUCAUUGGUGACAAUCCUUCCGUCGAUAUCGUUGGGGCCAACCUGUAUCACCGGUUUCUUCGGAGACAAUCAGAAUGUAUCGAUAAUGAAGAAAUUAUGAAUCAUUUACCUCGGUCCAGGUCUAUACCAAACAACAACGCCCUCUAUCAACAGACAGUGCUGGCGAUGGAGAGCCUCCUAGUGGGCACCGGGGUAUAUAAACCGGAAGAGGACGAUUCUUCUGAUGAUGACGUAGAUGUGUAUCAUGGACAUCGUGAUAUUGAAAAUGAACCAGAACUCGCCAAACCCUCCAAGUUUGUCAAAGACGUGUACCACGGCAUUCAGCAUAUACUGGAGAAAGAAAACUUCUCAGUGAACACAUGAAGUUUCCUUCAACCCUAAUCAGGGUGAGACUGUGAUCUGAAUGUAUGUUUGUACAAAUGUAAAAUCAAAGACAAACUUGGGCAAUUAUAGAUUGAUAUUUUCGCCAUUAAUUUAUUUACUUUUCUAUUUUUAUAAUUCAUGGAGACAAUCAUGUCUAUAAAUAAUUUAUUUGAUGUGUUUCAUGUUCUCACGUGUAUCUGGUCUCAUUAUUUUAUACAUUUAUAUAUAUAUGACUAUGGGUUUGUUUAUGUAUUAAGAGUUAUAUACAUUUUAUUGUCAAGGGUAAAAAGCGUUGUUAACAACUUUAUAUGUUAAAAAAAACAUUGAAUAUUUUUGCAUGAUGUGUGACUAUUUCUAGUUUUAUAUUAAAUUAUAUUUAAUAUCAAUGCAAUUACACGUAGUGUAUUUUAAAUGAUCUUUUAAAGAAGUUGUAUGCUAUGUUUUUUUUUAAUUAAAUAUGCAUCAAGUUUUGUCAAAUAUUUAUGAAAAUACUUUUCAUUUCAUUUAACUUCAAUAUAUUAUUCAUUGAAUAUUUGAUAAGUUUGUGAAGUCUUGUGAACAAAUACCUGUACCUAUGAGUUUAUUAGAAGAGCUCCUCGUCAAGACCAUCAAAAACGCACGUGUAUUUGUAUAGCAUGUAAACACAUACAAGGGUAUUUGUUUGUUUAGCUUGUGAUGUCCAGAUCUGUAAGCAAAAAUGUGCAUGUAUAUUUGUAUAGCGUGUAAUAUCCACCCUUGUAGACAAAUACAAAAGUGUUUAUUUGUUUAGCUUGUUUCUAGAAAACAAAAACAAGCAAUGCGUUUGUUUAGUUAAUGCGGUUCUGUAAAUACUUGUUAAUGAAUUAGUGUAUUGCAAUCAUGGAAGUUUGAAAUAAAAUUUCUUGUAAUAUGAAGAAUAAAAUCAGUGAAAUAACAGAAA